GUAUCAGAAGCCCGAAGGAAAAAUGGACGUAGCAGCUGCUGCCGCAGAAACCGACGACAGCAAGAAACGACGGAAGAGGCGAACGGCAAAGGAGAUGCCGAAGCUGGAAGAAUUGGCCCAUGCCACGGAGGAAACCCUGGUGGAUGUCUUAGGCUUCCCAGAGCAG